GCCAUGGCGCCGCCGCAGCACGACCCCCGCCGGCCCUACAAGCGCGCCGCCAUCUCCGACCAGCAGCGCCGCCGCGACUCCGCGCUCCGGACUCAGUCCGCCCGGCGCGCCGACGCCCAGGCGCGGGCACGCAGCCUCGCCAACUCCCUCCUGUCCACCCCGUCGUCCUCCUCCGACGACCAACCGCCUACCUCCCCCGACGCCCGCGGAGACGAGCCCGCCGUCGCCGAAGUCGCCGCGGCCGCAGCCAAGCUCCGCGGCCCCGACCAGCGCCGCCGGUUCGCCCGCCAGAUCAUGCUCCCGGAGUGGAUGGUCGACGCCCCUCCCCACCUCGCCCGCGACUGGCAUGUCUGUGCCAGGCCUGCCGGCAAGCGAUGCCUGGUCAUGUCGUCCAACGGCAUCACCAUCAGCAGGCUCCGUAACGGGACCAUUCUCCACCGGUUUCCUUCUGCCCUGCCCAACGGAUCAAAGAGGGGAAUCUCUGGCCCAGCAAGCUCCUACUCUAUCCUUGACUGCAUAUUCCACGAGCCUGAUGAGACAUACUAUAUUGUCGAUAUGAUAUGUUGGCGAGGUUAUUCGUUGUAUGACUGCACUGCCGAGUUCAGGUUUUUCUGGGUGAACUCGAAGCUCACGGAGACCUCAGCUGGCGACCCUCCAUCGACCUACCAUCGGUAUAGAUUCAGCUCUGUCUCCAUGUAUGAGUCCACCCUUGAGGGUCUUCAAGCGGCAUAUUCGCUAAGCACACCUUAUGUCAAGGAUGGUUUGCUGUUUUACAACAAGCAUGCACAUUAUCAAUCUGGAAUCACACCCCUUACGCUGGUAUGGAAAGAUGAGACUUGCAGCCAAUAUGUUCUUGAUACGGAUAGUGAAGGACAAGUUCCAACCGAGCAGCAUGUUGUGUUGGAGCUGCAAGAGGAUGGGAAGCUAAUUACGUCUGAUGACCCUCCAAUUGUGUUUGGUAGCUUGAACAGCGAAUUUGUACAGAAGAGCAAUCUUUCCACCAAAAGGAGCCGACAGGAGCAGUGUUCUGUGGUGUGAGGUUAGGCUUGUAGUGAGCAUUCCAGAUUAAUUGAACCCAUGGAAUAUCCAUUCAAUUCAUAAAUUUAUAUAGAUUUUUCAUGAGUAAAGCAGAACUCUGAGUCAUCAAGUCCAAUAUUCCCUAGACCUCCGGCAGACUUGGGCUUGCAAACAUUCUCCCACUUAACCAAGCACUUGCCUCUUUUUUCAAUAUCUUUUCCAGCCCAUAGAAAUCCUCUAGCUGAUCCUUCAACAUGAUCAAUUAUAGAGAAAGGAACUUUCAAGGUGCACAUGGCAAAAUUUAACAUGAACAUGAAAAUUGACUUAACCACUACUAGUCUUCCAUCAUAUGACAAAAUAGAGGCAAUGCCAGAUAGCCUCCUGUCAAUUCUCUCAGUGAUAUUAAUGAAAUGUUCGAUCCUUGGCUUAGUGGUACCCAUGGGCAAGCCCUAGUAUGUAAAAGGAAGGCUUUCUGCUUUACAACAAUAGGCCUCUGCCAGGCUCACACAUCUUUUAGCUGAGAUAUUUAUAGGGAUCAUUGAUGUCUUGGUAUAAUUAACUUUCAUCCCAGUAGAUGUAGAGAAUUUGUGCAACAAUUCUUUUAAACUACAGAACUGAGUUUCAUCAGCUGGCAAUAUUAUCAAUGUGUCAUCCGCAUAUUGGAAAAUGGGAUAUUCCAGGCCAUACAAAUUAUUCAAUGCAGAUUUAAAAUACCUCUUUGCCAAGCAUCUUAAUGAUUCAUUAUGACCAUAAUAGAUAAUUC